AUGUUGGACGCUCCACUCACCAGGAACUUGUCCCACUCCAGCUUCCGGUUCAGAUGUUUUCCGGAGCUGCAGGACCACCGCUGGAUUCUGGCGCUGCUGUUCUUCCUCUGCUUCCUGUCUGUGCUGCUGGGAAACUCUGCGCUGGUCUACGUGAUCCGCAGGGUGGCGCGCCUGCGCAGCCCCAUGUACGUCCUGAUGAGCCUGCUGUGCGUGGUGGACGUCCUGCUGGCCUCCACCAUCCUCCCCAACAUGCUGCUCAACCUGCUGUUCGACUGGAGCCACAUCUCGCUGGCCGGAUGCCUCAUCCAGAUGUUUUCCACGUACUUCCUGUCGUCACUGGAGUCCACGCUGCUGCUGGUGAUGGCGCUGGACCGCUACGUCGCCAUCUGCAAGCCGCUGCGCUACACGGACAUCAUGAGCUCCUCCGCCUUCCUGAAGCUGCUCGUCUUCGCGCUCCUGCGCAGCGUCUCCAUCAUGUCAGCGCUGGUGGUUCUGGCCGGUUCUCUGUGGUUCUGCGGCUCCCACGUCAUCCAGCACUGCUACUGCGACCACAUGGCGCUGGUCCGCCUGGCCUGCGUCAGUACGCAGAGGAACCAGGCGGCUGGGCUGGCGGUGAUCGUCUGUUUCGUGGGUGUGGACAUCCCCGUCAUCUUCUUUUCCUACGUGAAGAUCGUGAAGGUCGUGGUGAGGGCGGCGGCGGCCAGCGAGGAGCGCCUGAAGGCGCUUCACACCUGCAGCACGCACCUGAUGGUCAUCGUGUGUUUCUACCUGGUGGGCACCAUCGCCUUCCUGUCCGGAAGCCUCAACAUUCCCAUAGCAACGGGCAUCAACAACCUGAUGGGCGUUGCCUACAUCCUGAUCCCCGCGACGGUCAAUCCCAUCAUCUACGGCGUUCGUACCAAAGAGAUCCGCCGAGGCCUUCAGAGGAUGUUCAAGCUCAGAGAAAGGAAGAUCACGUCUCUGAAGGUUUCUUCUGGAAAACGACAGACUCUGAGAACUUCCGGUUUGGAGCCCACAAGUCUGGCUCUUCAAACAUAAGGCAGUAUAAAGUAUUUAUGAACCAACGCCUCCAUCUUAAUUAACAUCAUCACUUUAACCAAUACUGAAGACAAAUUAGGAGCGUCCAAAACAAUCCGAAUCUCAAAGGCCGCACCUGAUUGGACCAGCAGGUCAUUGUGGGCGGAUCCCAGUGUGAACAGGAAGUGUUUUCAGUAACAUCAGCGAUUGGUAACAAAUAAAAACAUUUUAGUUGUGCUAAGCCUGAAGCACAAAUCAUAGACAUUAGCUGGGCUAACACUAAAGCGCAUUAGCUUCUGGUAUUUAGCAGAGGCUAAUGCUAACGUGCUAAAUUCCACCAUGUUGAUAUCCAACAUGGCAGAAGUGGAACUGCUGUCUAAACAGUCCUCAUCCACUUCAAAAUAAGAGCAUGAACAUAGUUAAACAAUCUGCAACAGUUGUUAAUUUAAUCCUAAACAGUAAAUCAGCAUUUUAAAUUUUAUCUGGAAAAUUAAUGAAGUGGAAGCUAAGUGCGCUAAACUGUAAAGUUAGCCAAAAUGCUAAGCUAAUAAUUAGAGGAGGUCCACUGCUAAAAUUAAUGCCCAUCAUUUCUCUUUUAGAAUAUGACUAGUUUAUUCCUCUGGCAUCAAACGUUCAUUUAUUUCAUCAGUGUCACAUGCUAAUUGUUUUAAUAAGUAAUGCUCGUCUAUGAUUGUACACAGAUAUUUAUGAGCAGGAAGAGCUUCAUAAUAUCUUACCAAUAUAUUUAAAAACAAAAUCAAUUUUGUAAGUGAAAUAAUGUGAAACUGGAAAAAGAUGUUAAAAAACUAAAAACAGUUUUGAUCACAAAUGAAUAUCAUGACUGACAGUGAAAACACUCACAGAG